AUGGCUUCUGCUGUUCUACAAAUAAACUUGAACCACGCGCGCCGUGCGCAGGACAUAUUGUUACAGCGUAUGCGCGAGAACAGUGUGGAGAUAGCUGUCAUUGCGGAGCCAUGGUGGGUCCCUUCUGGGGAUGAGAGGUGGUUCUCAUCCCUAGGAGGGACUUCGCUUUGCGCAGUGCUUGUGGGCGAGAAUGGAAGACCCUGCAGCCUGGUGCGUCGGGGUCUUUUUUACGUAGCAGUCAAAUGGGGGGACUCGCUGGUAGUUUCUCUCUACUUUCCUCCCAGCGAGAACAUUAACAUGUUCAGUAGGCUCCUUGACGAGCUCGAGGAGCUCUUAGAGACAUUCCCCACUCUCCCAGCGCUGGUGGAUGGCGAUUUUAAUGCCCGGUUCAGCAGAUGGGACCCGAAAGGCAGGAGUAACUGCAGAGGUGAGUUGCUCUAUGCAUAG